GGCGCAGAAUGACCCGGCCUGCAGGCUUUGACUAUAAGACGUACAGUUGACUUGGCAUAAAAUUCGGCUCUGCCCAAAUUACAAGACCAUCCCCUCAUAGAGCUGAAGUAAUCAAAGAAAUGAUCGUUUUUGUUAGGUUCAGUUCAAGCCCUGGAUUCCCAGUGGAGGUUGAUGCAAAUGCCAGCAUCUUCCAGCUUAAGGAGGCAGUUGCUAAGAGACAAGGAGUUCCAAUUGAUCAGUUGUGCGUGAUCUUUGCUGGAAAGGAGCUGAGGAAUGACUUGACACUGCAGAAUUGUGGCCUGAUGCAACAAAGUACUGUUCAUGUGGUGCAGUAUAUUUCUCAACCAACUCAAAGACCAUCUAGUGAUUCAAGCACUGGAAUUCUAAUGAAAAGAAAUGGAAGAGAAGUAGCCACAAAUCAGGUGGAUCUCAGCACAUCAGCCUUUCCAAGACAUCAUACAGAUCUCAAGACUGUCCUGGAAAAUGAAGACCAAGAUCUCCCGAGUGGACCAGGACCCACUGAAGCUAGACCUUACAGCAGAUUUUAUAUCUAUUGCAAGACAAUGUGCAAAGCAGUGCAGCCUGGGAAACUAAGAGUACGAUGCAGUACGUGUCAACAAGGAACAUUAACUUUAACCAGGGACCCAUCCUGCUGGGAGGAUGUUCUGGAAAGAAAUAGGAUAACUGGUGUGUGUCAAACGAAAGACUGUGAUGGAACUGUUGCGGAGUUUUACUUCAAAUGUGGAAAACAUCCAACCUCUGAGAGUGACACCUCAGUGAUUUUGAACUUAAUUACUCCAAACAGGCAAAACAUCCCAUGUAUAACCUGUACUGACACUGUUGAUCCAGUGUUGAUAUUUCCUUGUGUGGAUCGACAUGUUAUAUGCUUGGAUUGUUUCCAUUUAUACUGUGUGACACGGCUGAAUGACCGGCAAUUUAUCCAUGACCCAAAACUUGGAUAUUCCCUCCCCUGUGUAGCUGCCUGCCCAGACUCACUGAUUAAGGAAGUACAUCACUUCAGAAUUCUUGGGAGCGACCAGUAUGAUCGUUAUCAGCGCUAUGGAGCAGAGGAAUGUGUACUACAGAUGGGCGGGGUACUGUGCCCAAGACCAGGCUGUGGAGCUGGCCUGCUUCCAGAUGCAGGCUUACGUAGGAUUGAGUGUCUAGUGCAAAAUGGAGUAGGCUGUGGGUUUGUUUUCUGCCGUGAAUGCAAGGAAGAGUACCAUAAGGAAGAGUGUAAUUCUGUUUUUGACAUAUCAGGGGAAACAACGCAGAAUUAUGUUAUCAAUCAGCAAGCUGCACAGCGAGCUCUCUGGGAAGAGGCUUCAAGACAAGCAAUCAAGGAAACAACUAAACCUUGUCCCAAGUGCCAAGUACCAGUGGAGAAGAAUGGAGGCUGCAUGCACAUGAAAUGUCCCAGAACUUCUUGCCACUUUCAGUGGUGCUGGCUGUGCAGCAAGGAGUGGAAUUGUGAUUGCAUGGGAGACCACUGGUUUGAGUAA